GUUUCCGUUGGAGAUGAGCAGACCCGCGAUUGUUGCAAAUUUAUGUAUUUACGAACUCGUAAAAAGGCGCGAUUUGUAACAGUUUUCUAAUUGUAUAAAACUAGGUGUGUUUACAAUCAGUAUGGAGUGUAACAGCGAGGUAGGAUCAUCCGUGCAGACUGAUUCUAGUGUUGCCUCGAGUGUAAAGUAUCGCGAAGGCAUUAUUUCGCCGGAAGAGCAGACGUUGCUUCAACUUCUGGAAAGAGGAAUAUCGGAGACAACGGAGGAGAAUGUUACGUUUGGAAAAGAAAUUUUGUCAUUAUUGUCGAAAUUCAAUCUGGAACUACAAUCUUUGCCCAGCGACAUUAGAGAAGGAUUGCAAAAGGUAGCUUCAAUUUUAAAAUUUGAAAAACUGUCGGAUCUUGACGAUGUCGCGCUGAGUAUAGCGUGCGAAAGAAAAAAAAUAGAAGAAAAGAAAAAACAAUAUGAGAAAAUGCAGUUGUCGUUAUCGUAUGACAAUAUUAUUAGAAAAUAUUCCAGUUUCUCGAGGAAGCUUAAUCAUUUGCAAGAAGCUGUAAAUUCUCUUGAAUGCUUUGUGGAAGACACGAAGGAGGAGAAAGAAACUGCUUAUUGCAAUAGAAUCUCAUUGGCUAAAAGAUUAAACGAAUAUAAGCAAACUCUAGAGACACUGGAAACCGAUUUAACUGAUAUGCAAAUUGAUGAUCUCCAUCCUCAAAAAAUAUUAAAUAAAUAUCAUAGGUACUUGGAAAUAUCCGGCGAACUAGCACAGCUCGAUCAUUGUCUUAAUCGGUACAAAGAUUUGCCGCCAAAUUUACUACAAGCUAAAGCUUUACUCAGAGAUAAACAAAAGGAAUACGAAGCCCUGGAAAAAGAAUUUUUAGAAAAAAGUUUUUAAGUAGUAGGUGUAACGGUAUUGUCAAUCGCAAUAUGUUCGUUUUAUAAAUUUUUCCACUUUUAUAGAAUAAUAAAGAAUGUUAUUUGUACAUUUUUUUUUACAAAUUUUU